CCUCGCCGCUCUCCCGGCAUGAGACUGGCACAAUUUCUCAACGCCACCUGCGUUGGCCAUUUUGAAAGUGUGAUGCGGGGAGAGGCAGGGACGAGGGAAUUCUUAAAAGUAGAGUGCAAAGUCUUUACCCCUGUGCCUAGCAAUACUCGCUCGAACCUUCAUUCCUCCACAUCUCAUCGGCAGUCAGAAGCAGCAGGGUCAGCAACAACAGUGCUCACAGUCCAGGGCCUGAUCCCGCUUCAAAGACCCCCCUGCCCCUUUCCCUGGACCACCAUCAUGGCAGGGGUCGGUGAUGAGAUCGACGAGGUGCAAUGGUGCUUUUCCCAAGUCAAAGGAGCAAUAGAUGACGAUGUCGCGGAUGCCGAUAUCAUAUCCACUGUUGAGUUCAACCACUCUGGGGAGUUGCUUGCCACUGGUGAUAAAGGAGGCCGUGUCGUCAUCUUUCAACAGGAGCCAGAGAGUAAGAAUCAACCUCAGUGCCGUGGAGAUUACAAUGUUUACAGCACUUUUCAGAGCCAUGAACCUGAGUUUGACUACCUGAAGAGCCUUGAAAUUGAGGAGAAGAUCAACAAGAUCCGAUGGCUGCCCCAGAAGAAUGCUGCUCACUUCCUUUUAUCCACAAAUGAUAAAACCAUAAAACUGUGGAAAAUUAGUGAGCGAGACAAGCGUCCGGAAGGUUACAAUUUGAAAGAAGAUGACGGUCGAUACAGAGAUCCAAAUACAGUCACAACACUACGGGUACCCAUAUUCAGGCCCAUGGACCUGAUGGUGGAGGCCAGCCCCCGUCGAGUCUAUGCAAACGCUCACACCUACCACAUCAAUUCCAUCUCAGUCAACAGUGAUUGUGAAACGUACCUGUCCUCAGAUGAUCUUCGCAUCAAUCUGUGGCACUUGGAGAUCACUGAUCGCAGCUUUAAUAUUGUUGACAUUAAGCCAGCGAACAUGGAGGAAUUGACCGAGGUGAUCACAGCAUCAGCGUUCCAUCCUAAUCAAUGCAAUACGUUUGUGUACAGUAGCAGUAAAGGAGCCAUCCGCCUGUGCGACAUGAGAAUGUCGGCACUGUGUGACAACCAUGCCAAAUUUUUUGAAGAGCCAGAGGAUCCAAACAAUCGUUCCUUCUUCUCAGAAAUAACGUCAUCCAUCUCUGAUGUGAACUUCAGCCACAGUGGACGUUACAUGAUGACACGUGAUUACCUGUCCAUCAAAAUCUGGGACCUCAACAUGGAGACUCGUCCAGUGGAGACUUACCAGGUGCAUGAGUAUCUCAGGAGCAAGUUGUGUUCACUCUACGAGAACGAUUGCAUCUUUGACAAAUUUGAAUGCUGUUGGAAUGGGAACGACAGUGUGGUCAUGACAGGUUCCUACAAUAACUUCUUCAGGAUGUUUGACCGAGGCUACAGGCGGGAUGUGACCCUAGAGGCAUCAAGGGAGAACAGCAAACCACAGUCUGUCCUGAAACCCCGCAAAGUAAGCUCGGGUGGGAAGCGCAAGAAGGAUGAGAUCAGUGUCGACAGUUUGGACUUUAACAAGAAGAUCCUCCACACUGCCUGGCAUCCCCUGGACAACGUUAUUGCUGUGGCCACCACCAAUAAUCUCUAUAUAUUCCAGGACAAACUUAACUAGGAUUUGGUGGGCCAUUUCUGCUCCAUUUCGCAGACACGUCUGUCUAAAUGUUCAAGUCUGCCUCAGACCUUGGGUAUGACCGAUCAUCACAAGAACACGUUUUAUGUGUAAUGAACAUACAGGCGUUGUUGAGCUAAUUACUGUACAGACUUUGGGAUUCUGGGGUUUAUGUACUUUCCCUCCAGUAGAGGCACCUGUUCGUCCACCUGCUGGUUGCGACUCCACCACAUCCCAGACCAAAGGGAAGAUAUGUGAACAAACAAACCUAUUUUUCAUUUGUGCAUUAGUGCUAUGACUAAUUGUCAAUGCGUUCUUGGUUCCUACAUUUUAUUCAUUUUAGCAGGAAAAUGUCUAAUUGUAGACUAAUUUGCACUGAUAUGAAAUACUGCUGAGCUAAGUGAUUGACACUCCUUAUUUGCAAGCAACAUGUUAGUCAACUCGCCAAAUUCACAAACAACUCCUUCAUGAUUAAUUGUGUACAUUGUUAAAGGGCCAGUCUAGGAUUUCUCCUAAGUUUAUUCUUCAAAGCAGUUCCACAAAUGUUACUGCCACUUUUUUUUUCUGCUGCAUACCAGUUUAUACCAUCUUAAAUGUUUACCCUGAGAUUGCCCAUCGUUUACAUUGAUUUUCUUAACAAUAAGGAUGUCAAGUUUCACUUGUGUGGCACAGUGGUCAUCUGAAACACAUACUUUUGUGCAGUUUUUGUGUAGCAGGGGGCAUACUAUACAUGAUUAUAUUUUGUAAAUACAUUGCUUACACAAAGCGCUAUGUAAGAGGGCCUGACUGAUAACACAUGGUCGAAUUUGGACAGACACAGGAAUAGUAUUCACAUACAGGCAGGUGAUGGAAAGGAAUCAUGCCAAAGUAAGAUGUACUUUAUACCUCUAAAUCAUAAUCCUUUCGUAAAAGCCCUGCUCAGUCCUUGGCAGUGAGAAUGGACCACCAAUAACAGGCUUGGAGGCUGGUAUCCUGGACGUAAGGUAGCCCAAGUGUUUUGUGAUGUCAAAGUUUGAUGCUGCUGCCAACUUCCACAAAUCUGUUUUGUUGCAGAUGACUUUACCCCUUGAAUUAAGUUUCAUUUUUUAUAAUGUUUUAUACUGUACCUCUAAAGAGAAAAUAGUCACUAUAGCUGAUUUAUUUUUGUAUAAAUUAAGGCAAUAGUUAGAGUCCGAUCACUGACGUUUAAAAUUUAGCCGUCUGUCUGAUGGCUGGUUUGAUUGUAGACGGAAGGCCGCAUGACAGAGUGCAGUCAUCUGGGUAGAUAAUUGUUUGUAAGUUCUGUGAUUUUUGAGGAGGAGCAUGCUCCUUCCAAUGUGGAAAAAAUAUUUUUGGCGGUUAGCUGGCUGUGACUUGUUUUUCAAAAAUCAUUCUUCCAUCGGCGAAUGCAUUGGCAGUACUGUAUCUGGCCCGAAAGGGGUAAUGGCCUUUUUUUUCUCCCCAAUUUACUCUUUUGAAUGCCAGUCAAGUGACUUCUGCCUUCAUUUCUUGAAAGGUUAUCUGUUCUGUAUGCUUUUUUUUAAUGUACCUGUAUUAUUAUUUAAGGGGGGAGUUUGUGAAGCACUUGGUUUGCAGAUGCUUGUUUUAUAUAAACGAAGAAAUUACCUAAAACGUUAAAAGGCUGCAUCUCCUUUGCUAUGCCUCUGUCACAAGUUGCCAGUCCUAUGGAACAAACGGGUUGAGGUUUGUUUUUUUUGUUUUUUUUUCUGUCAGAAACUCUUUUCUUAUAAACUCAUCUCUUCAACCUACAAGCAAUUUUUACAAUGAUUUUGAUGCCAACAAAAUGAAGUGAUGUCACUUCCUCAGUGCUGUGCAUAAUAUUAUUCAGUAAUAUGGGGCAUUUUCAAAACAAUUCUUGGCCUUUUUAGGAUUUGUGGGUUCUCUUGGCAACCUUUGGAUACCAUAAAUUUGAUGAGCUCGCCAAAGGCUUGUCCUUGAAUUCCAGGUCUGGCCAUCACCCUUGUCCAAAAACAUCAACUGCCAGAUAUUAAAGAGAAUUAUGUUCAAAACUACUGCACUAGAUAUUUUGAAAAACAUAAAAUCAACCCCCAUGCUCCCAAUUGGUGUUUCCUAAAAGCAUUAAGACUUUAGAUACCGGUAACCUGACAGAUGCAUUUCAUCUAGCAUGCCAGACAUAAGACACUCAGGGGAAUUUACCACUGCUCAUUGUUCAAAACAUUGUACCUUCAAGAAAACGGUUUGUCAGUACUAAAUAAAAAAAAUGCCUU